GCGCAUGCGUAGUGUGUGCUUUGCUUUCUGAUGGUUGGAGCGCGUUUUUGACUGUAUUGGCCUCAUACCAGGUGCUCCGGUCACUGGGGAGAUGGCUUUCAAUUUCGGGUCCGCUACAGGGGCCACGACCAACCAAGGAACAACUGGCUUUUCCCUAGGAAGUUUUAAUCCAAAAACCACAGCAGCAGGCUUUGGAUUUGGUGCCGCUACCACAACAGCAUCAACAGGAUUUGGCGGAUUUGGAGGGCUUGAGUCGGCAACGUCCAACACCACUGGGUUUAACUUUGGUGGUUUCGGACUAGCUGCUAACCCUGCCUUAAACUUUAAUAUUGGGAACUUCAGUGUUUCCACUGCUCCAGCGCCACCCUUCAAUUUUGGUAACGCCCUGGCAAGUGCAGGUGGUUUUGGAGGCUUUGGAACCACAACUACUACAGCCCCUGGCACCGGUUUUAGUUUCACAGCGCCUACUAACACUGGCACAACUGGUCUUUUUGGAAACAGUCAAAACAAAGGAUUUGGAUUUGGCGCUUUUGGAGCAACAGGAACAAACACAGGUCUUGGCACUGGUGGUUUAUCAACUGGUUUUGGUCUGACUGGCUUCAACACUCAACCUCAGCAACAACAACAGAAUGUUCUAGGUGGACUCUUUGGGCAGCCAGCGCAAAAUGCUAAUCAGUCAAAUCAACUGUACAAUGCAGCAAGCGCACUUAAUGCACCAAUAUUACUUGGUGAUGAGAGAGAUGCCAUCAUGGCAAAAUGGAACCAACUUCAGGCCUUGUGGGGAACAGGAAAAGGUUACUUUAACAAUAACAUACCCCCUGUUGAAUUCACACAAGAAAACCCGUUUUGCAGGUUCAAGGCCAUUGGUUUCAGCUGUGUAGCCACCAACAAGGAUGAAGAUGGUCUUGUGGAAUUGGUAUUUAACAGAAAGGAAGCAGACAUUCGAGCUCAACAACAACAGUUAGUAGAAUCAUUGCACAAAGUCCUAGGAGCGCACCAGACCCUCACUGUUAACGUGGAGGGAGUCAGAACUGUGCCUGAUGACCAAGUGGAAGUUGUCAUAUACGUUGUAGAGCGUUCACCAAAUGGAACCUCCAGAAGAGUCCCAUCCAGUUCUUUACAAGGCUACUUUGAGCAAGCCAAUGUGAAGGCUAAUUUGCAGCAGCUUGGAGUCGCAUUAACUAUGGCCAGAACGGAGCUUUCCCCAACACAAAUAAAGCAGCUGCUGCAGAACCCACCUGCAGGUGUGGAUCGUAAUAUUUGGGAACAAGCAAAAAUAGACAACCCUGAUUCAGAGAGGCUGAUCCCUGUUGCAAUGGUUGGCUUCAAAGAGCUACUUAGAAGACUUAAAGUUCAAGAUCAGAUGACAAAACGGCACCAGAGUAGACUAGACAUGAUAUCUGAAGAUAUAAGUGAACUGCAAAAAAAUCAGGCAACAACAGUGGCUAAGAUUGCACAGUACAAACGGAAACUAAUGGAGCUCUCCCACAGAGUCCUUCAGGUUUUAAUAAAACAAGAAAUUCAGAGAAAGAGUGGAUUUGCAAUUCAAGCAGAAGAGGAACAUCUGCGUGUGCAACUGGACACCAUCCAGAGUGAACUUAAUGCUCCUACACAAUUCAAGGGGAGACUUAAUGAACUGAUGUCACAGAUCAGAAUGCAGAACCACUUUGGAGCAGUGAGAUCAGAAGAAAAUUAUUAUGUAGAUGCAGAUCUCUUGAGAGAAAUCAAGCAGCACUUAAAACAACAACAGGAAGGACUGAGCCAUUUAAUUACUAUAAUCAAGGAUGAUCUUGAAGACAUCAAGCUGAUUGAACAAGGGUUGAUUGAUAAUGUUCACAUACGAGGAGGAAUGUUCAGCUGACCUGUGAAAAAGCACUGAUCUCAUUUCCAUCUACAGUGUGGACCACACAACAUUUGAAUGGCUCCAGGCCAGUUGGCUGCAAUUAAACGUUACCGUACACACCUAUAGAUCACUUCCUCUCUUCUGUUUUCACAGAUAACGCCAGAAAAUGUGUUUUUUGAGUAAAAUGUCAAGUAUUCAGACACUGAAUUUUGUUAAGUGUGUACACUGCAG